UUUCAGCUAAAAAUUUAUAGUGUUGUGAUUGUUUAGUUGAGAUUAUUGACAUUGUUGUUAUUUCGGUUUUAUUCAUAACAAAUAAUUUUAUAUUCAAAAAUAAAAGUAUCAUUUCUUUUAAAAAGUGACAUGUGUUUUUGGUAAACAGUCGCCCGGGCCUGGUCACUACGAUUCCCCUUGUGAGGAGGCACCCCUUCUCUCGAAGUUACGGGGCUAUUUUGCCGAGUUCCUUAGAGAGAGUUGUCUCGCGCCCCAAGGUAUUCUCUUCCUACCUACCUGUGUCGGUUUCGGGUACAAAUAUACCCUUUUGUCGAGCUUUUCCUGCGAGUAUGGCAUGAGUUAUUUCAGCGUCGUAGCGCCUGAUACUCGAAGAUAGUUUAUAUAAUCACACAUUUUAUCAAUACAUAUAUUUAUGCAUACUUGUACUAGUUACAAUUAGGGGUGGGAUAAAGAAUCGGUUCGGUUAAACUACCGUUUACAUAGCCCCGGGGGGGGGGGGGGAUGAUUUCUCUUGAAACAGAACCGAAACCAAGGGGCGAGAUAGUAGGCCUAUGUUUGUGGGUUUGAUUUUUGACACCCCUAUUAAGUAUAGGUUUUUAAGGUAUUAAAUUUGUGUUGCAUUUAAUAAUCUUUAGAAAUUAAAAACCCAUAUUAAUUACAUUCUUUUUUUUCAAAAUUAAACCUACAUUAAUUAUAUUUCUCUCUCAUCGCUCUCCUCGUCGCUGCAUUCCACCACGAACUCCGGUCACCUUCCUAGCAACUCCUCAUUUCGCGUCUAUAUAACUCUUCCUACCGUCGCUCCUCUCCCCGCCGUCGGUCCCUCUGAAAUGCUCUCGACCUCACUCGCUGAAAACCCCACGGCGGCGACAGCCUGCCUCAUGCAGGACGGCUUCCGGACAUAGCUAAACAGAAUUCCACAAGUCAACCUCCUUCAACAACGCCAAAGGUUGUGAGCUCACCUCCCCUGUCUUACAAGAAUGUGCUGGCAGGGUCCUCUCAAAGCACAGCCUCGAAAGUCAAUCAAUGGACCUUCCUCGGCGAACAGAUUUAGAGCUCGGCUCAUUUGGCGGAGAGCUAGAGCUCAAAAUCUCAUCCAAGUUUAAGGAGCGCCUCUGUGAUCCGUGGAAGAAAACUUUAGUGGUUCAUCUGCUAGGCCGAUCUAUCUCAUAUGCUUUCUUAUGCUCUCAACUCUGGUGGAAAUGGCUGCCAUUCGGUUCGCUCGACAUCAUGGACUUAAACAAUGACACAUUUUUUGUUAUGUUUGGAGAUGAUCAAGAUUUCCUUUACAUUUGGCCUUACAACAAUACAAACUAGCCCACUAUACUGACAAUUUUUGUUUGUGUACAUUUGGCCUUGCAACAAUAGAAUUGAUGUCCGCCUAUUAAAGAGAACUUGUGGCUUCCCUCAUGGAUUGGCUUUUGUAUUCAAAUUGGAGGGAGGCAGUAUUUUAUAUAUAUGGGUGAUAUAUAUGUUUAUUUUUUAGUUAGAUAUUAUUUAAGAAAUUCGAACUUAAGAUCUUCAGACUCAAAAUUAAUGGUAUUAUCACUAGACCAAUCCCUUGUUCGUAAGAGGACAAUAUUCUAAAAAUGCAUAAAUAUUUUCCACAACUGGAUAGAACAAGGACCAACAAGGGGUCUCAGUUGAUUCUGAUCUUCCAAUUUAUUUAUAUGCACCGAAUCAAUCAAAUCAAGGGGAAAAGCACCAUCCAGAUGCACAUUCACAUCUUUAAUUUCACUCGGUUUUGUUAUUGUUUUCUAAUCUUUUAGUUAUUUACGACAACAUAAUUAUUUGGGUGCGCCUACGGUGACAUGCAUGUCACGGUGACUUGCAUUUUUCGGUCGACCUCAGUUAGAAUUAGGUCGACCUCAUUAGGAUCAAGUCGACCUCAUUUACGAUUAGGUCGACCUCAUUAGGAUUAGGUCGACCUAAUCUGUCGUUUCAGUGUAAAAACAAUUUCAUGGUGUCUACUUUGGAGAUCAUAUCAUACAUUUGGCUAGAUGGAAAUUGAAGAUUAAUGGCUUGUUUUGAAACUGGAGUGUUCCUCUACAUAUUGAAGUGAUUGAGAGCUCGAUAGGAAGUUCAGAAGACCAUUUUUCAACCUGAUCAAAAGGCUAUGCCAAAACUAGAAAACUGCCUAAGUCUGGAAACAUGUUUGUGAAGCCUACAUUGGAGCUCAAUUCGAGAAGCAUGAAUGUGAGUCGAGUCCAGGGGCCUCUACCACAUUAAAUUAGGUAUGUUUUUAUAGAGGCAUUGGAUGAAAGAUUUGAUAUCUGUAAGGCUUCAAACAAAAGGGUCGAAGUUGCUACGAAGGUUGUUUUUCUAGCAGACUUCGAGCACAAGCAAGCUGCCAGAAAAACAGCCUUCGUAGAAACUUCGAGCCUUUUGUUUGAAGCCUUAAAGAUAUCCAAUCUUUCAUCCAAUUCCUUGCCUUUGUAGACAAACAUACCUAAUUUAACGUGGUAUAGGCCUCUGGACUCGACUCGCAUCCAUGCUUCUCAAAUUGAGCUCCAAAAUAGGCUUCACAAACACGUUCUCAGACUUAAGCCAUUUUCAGGCAGUUUCCCAGUUUUGGCAUAGCCGUUUGAUCAGGUUCAAAAAUGGUCUUCUGGACUUCCUAUCGAGCUCGCAAGUACUUUAAUGUGUAGAGGGACAUUUCAGCUUCAAAACAAGCCAUUAAUCUCCAAUUUCCAUCUAGCCAAUUGUAAGAUAUGAAUUCCAAAGUAGGCACCAUGAAACUGUUUGUACACUAAAACAACAGACGGAAAGUGCAUGUCACCGUAGCAAAGUCCUAAUUAUUUCCGGUUCUCAAAAUGUUUAGGUCAUCAAACUCACUCAGAUUCAUGAAUUAUCAUUUUCGGUUGUGUAUUCGGAAUCAACUUUUUAUUAUACAAGUCGUAGGAAUUAAAAAAAAAUAUAAUUGGCAUUCAUGUGCUCAUACUUCCAAUUGACGAAUAACCAAAUGGAUGGUUGAUUGAAAGAUAGGGAGAGAUGCAUCCUCCACACAAGUACCGACACCAACUCAUUAAAUCUGGCACUUAAAUCAAAAUGAAAGCAAUGAGUAUGAGUAGGUCAACGUAAUUUCAUGUGUGAGAAAACCAAUCAAGAACAGAAGAUGUAUGGAAGACGAUAAAUAUUAUACAUUGAACUUUUUUAUCAAGUUAUUAAAAUUUGUUGGUUUGUGAUAUAAUAUCAAAGUUGGUUUGACGAGAUUGUCGUGUGUUCAAAUCUUUAUGGUGGUCAAUAUUAAUAAUUGAUUAAACACAAAUACACAAUGUAUUGUGGAUCUGCAAAUUUCAACCCUAUGAGUUGGUUUUCGUUUGAGAAGCCAUGUAAGAAAGUGAUUAAGUAUCAUACAUAAACUUUUUCCAAUAAUUCGUAUUAUUAGGCUUAGGUAGUUUAAAGAAUAGAUAGAGGGUCACUUUAAGGUCCUAAAAUUUUGGAUGCCCUGUUCUAGUGUACUAUAAAAAAAUGCAAUCCAAAAUUUUCUAUAGAAAUACAAUAAAAAAAUAAAUAAAUAAAUUAAUAAGUGAUAAAAAAUAUCUAUCAAUGCUUUUUAUAUGGUCUGGGAAAAAGUAUAGAUUUUGUUAUAUUGUUUGAAAAAAAAUUAUUAAGCAAGCAAGUCUUCUCUUCAUGUGGUUCAUUCUUUUCUUUAAGCCUUUGAACUUAAUUUAUUAUUAUUGUUGUUUUAUUGUUGUUUUAGACUCAUAACAAAAACUCAACGUAUUAAUUUUCUAUUGUUUAAAUUCAUAAUCAAAACCCACUAAUUCACAAUAGUAAUUAGCCUUAUACAUAAUGGAGGUCCUGUGCGGGAAAGCCUCCACGCACACUUAGCAUUGUGAAAACACGUCGUGCGGCAUUGUAAAAUAUGAAUAUAAGUUAUGAAUGAUUUGUUUUAGCAUUGGACCCACCUUAGCAAAAAAUUUGCCCGCCCCCUCCAAGUUUAGCAAUGACGUGCCCUCCCUAUAAAUCUAGAUUAACUGUGGUCAAUCGUUGAAAUAAAAAAAGUCAUCAAAACAAAAUAUUUUUAUUGGCUAAUCCAAGCAUUAGCACCAUGCUAAUAAAAAAUUAGGUGUUAG